CUUGACUAGUUUGAGUGAAAGGUCACGAAUGAUUGAGACAAUAUUUAAAGAGGGUUUUGUUUUUAAAAUUAAUGAUUUAAUUGGAUAUUUUGCAGGUUUUACAGUUUCUGAGAUUGAUGUGAACGUAGGUUCAUCUGUUCAGGAUGCUGCUUCCUGUUCCUGUGCGUUACCUCAAGAACUGACUGAUUAUUAAGACGGAUCGCUUUAACAUCACAGCCGAAUGAAAAACCGUUCGUUUUUGACUAAAGUCUGUCCGUUUUUAUCGCAUUUCUUUAAGAAGCUGUUGAGCUUUGUCGCGAUGAGAAGACUUUUAACGAGAGUCAUAAACCGAGUUCUGCUGGGAGAGCAGUUUAAAGCAGCGAUGAUCGGAGCUGAAGCGGAGAUUCACUCAGAGGGUCGGAGAAAGUUGGUGGUGGGGCUCGGGAACCCGGGGAUGCAGGGUACCAGACACAACGUUGGGAUGGCGGUACUGGGAGCGCUAGCUGCCCAGCUCGGUGUGGCCGACCGUUGGCACAGCGACCGUCAUGUAUCCGGUGAGGUCAUCCUGACGGAGGUCCAGCAGGCCCGCGUGGUUCUGCUCCGUCCCCGGCUGCUGAUGAACGUCAACGGGGUGUCAGUGGCCAGAGCGGCUGGAAAAUAUGGAGUCAAGCCUGAAGACAUCCUGCUGGUCCACGAUGAGCUGGACAAACCUUUGGGGAAAAUCGCCAUCAAACAUGGAGGAAGCGCCAGGGGUCACAACGGAGUUCGAUCGUGUGUCGACUGUCUCCAGACCGAUGUGAUGCCCAGACUCCGGGUCGGGAUCGCCCGGCCAUCCGGGAAAACCUCCGUGGAGCGUUACGUUCUGAGUCGGUUCACGACGGAGGAGCUGAAGGUUCUGGAAACGGUUCUGGUCCAAAGCGUGGAUCUGCUCAUCUCCCAGCUCUCCCAGCAGGACGCGCAGCCUGCCUCCUCACCAGCAGGGGGCAGAAGAGCAGCACAGCACAGGAAGCAGAAGGAAGACUCUACAGUUGUUACCUGAACUUUGUGAUACAGCCAGUAAAGAUGGCCGCCUGAUUAUAGGAGGAGAAAAUCCAUGAAGCCUGAACUUCAGAACAAAGAGGAGAAGCAUCUGUUGAACAUCUGCUCCCUCUGAUCAAGUCAUACAAACUUUGUCUCUUGCUUUUAUCAAACAUUAAAUGCUGCAGCUGAGAUGUUUCCUCUUAUUUGGUGACUUCUGCUGCAGAAAGUCUGUC